UUCUUAAUCAAAUGCAUCUCUUUAGCUUUUAUUUGCUGAGUUAUUAAUUACAGUGGAAUUAUUUAAGGUAAAGCGCAGUGUGACUCCUCUACAUGGCCACAAAAGGCCAGGGUGGAUUUGCAGAGCUUUAGAGAGUCACUGCCAGCUGUAUGGUAAUGUGACACAAAGCUCCAGUGCGUUCAACAUGCACACACAGACACACACACACACACACACACACACACACACACACACACACACACACAUACACACACACACACACACACGCACACAAACGUCUGCAGCUAUAUGAGCCGUCAUGUCACAGAUAACAGCGAAUGUGAAACUUUGAGCUGUGAGUGAGUAAACAUCACCUGUAAGAUUUUCACCAUUUUUUUCAGUAGCUCCAGUCAGCUACAGUAACUAAAUUACAUUACAAGCUUGUAAAUGUGAAGUAAUCUCAUCAUCUGAAACACAAACAGCUUCACAGCAAAUCCUGUACUGUAUCAAAGAUGAAGAAAAAAAGAUCAUAUACAGCUAAAAAAAAAAAAAAGUACAUUCUGGCUGCAUUGAGACAAGCACGGAUUUUUAUUUCUGCUAAUAAAUUCCCAAAUACUAUUAUGUUUAGAUACUAAAAUAUUUGUAUUUAUACUGACUGAAAAGGAAGGAAGGAAGGAAGGAAGGAAGGAAGGAAGGAAGGAAGGAAGGAAGGAAGGAAGGAAGGAAGGAAGGAAGGAAGAGAGCACAGCACAAGUUCUCUGUCUAAUUUCCAUCUAUUGUAUAUUUAAGUUUUCAUCUAAACUAAAUUUCUAUUCAGUUUUACGAUGAAAGAAAGAAAGAAAGAAAGAAAGAAAGAAAGAAAGAAAGACCAUAACUUUAUACUAAACUGUUGGUUUUUGAACAGACAGAAGCCGCAUAAACUUUAUUUAGAAGAAAAGCACAGAAGCUUUGCCUACCAAAUUUCGGUUUCAGUUACUAAACAUUAUAUUUCUAAAUACUGAGGUUUAGAAAGAAAGAAAGAAAGAAAGAAAGAAAGAAAGAAAGAAAGAAAGAAAGAAAGAAAGAAAGAAAGAAAGAAAGAAAGAAAGAAAGACGGUCACUAUGAUACUCUCAGUGUAAAUAAAGACAGAGGAAAGUAGCUCCAUGUCAGUGUAUGCAUUUGUACACAGAUGAGCCCGGUGUGUGUGUGUGUGUGUGUGUGUGUGUGUGUGUGUGUGUGUGUGUGUGUGUGUGUGUGUGUGUGUGUGUGUGUGUGUGUGUGUGUGUGUGUGUGUGGUGUUAGAUAAGCUGUUAGUGUAUUCUGCCUGCAGGUGUUUAUUCAGCGCUGUGCACUAUGGUACUGAAAGUGGAUGGUAUCUUAAAGCAGAUACUUGAUACAUUCAGCCACGACACUGUGCGUUACUCCAGCAUCUUAACAGGACCGAGUGCACUUCGAUGAUAUUUUUGACUUUCCUCUUGCGCUACAAGAUUCAAAUGCUGCUGGAAUGAUCGGCCCCCCAACCCGAAACGUCUCUCUCUCUCUCUCUCUCUCUCUCUCUCUCUCUCUCUCUCUCUCUCUCUCUCUCUCUCCUCCCCUCCCACUCACCUAUCCACAGGGAUCUCGUGCUCCAUCUGAUUGGUUGGGAGGGGGACGUCGCUUUCAUCGUUUCGGCUUAAAAACAGUGCAGCUAUGCCUUGGUGAUGAAAAGAGGCAGCUCGCGGAAAUAGAGGCGGAGGGUGGGGACCGCUCACUGUACAACGGAAACGCCUUAAACAAAAAACAUCCCGCGCGCACUGAGACGAGUUCAGUGACACCUGACAUUAGAAAGUGCCUUCCUUUCGUUUGCGAAGAUGCCCAGAGGAUUUUUAGUCAAGAGAAACAGGAAAGCGACGCCGGUGUCUUACCGGAUCCGCGCGGAGCACGAGGAAGAACAGGAGCGCGAGCAGAUACAGCGACCGGGCGAUGCGCCUAAAUCAGCAUCUGCGUCGUUAGCAUUAGUUGCAUCAGCAACGCCGCGCGCGGACAGUCUGAGCCACGCUCCCAAACCGGUACGUUUUGGAAACCCAGAAACGGUGUGCCAGUCCAUGUACAGCCCCACGCGACCUGUGAGCCGAGAGCACGAGCGCGUGUCGCUCGAGCGCCGUUUCGACCUCGGCUCGCCCGUCUCGGCGGAGUCUUUCCCUACGCUCAGCUCCUUCGAAGCUCAGCAGCACCACGCGUGCGCUCCCGUGGACCUAAAGAUCGGCACAAGCAACAGCAAUCGGAUCGCGAGCAAACGAGCAGCACCAGAGCCCGAGCGCAAGAGCAAACCGGCGCCCAAAAAAACCAAAGCGAUCAGGAAGUUGCAGUUCGAGGACGAGGUCACAACCUCACCGGUGCUCGGGCUGAGGAUCAAAGAGGGUCCGGUUGAGCAGAAGCCGAGUGCGCGCUCCGGCGUGGACAAACCGCUUGGCGAGUUCGUGUGCCGGUUGUGUGGGGAGGCGUACGCGGACCCGUUCGCCCUGGCUCAGCACAGGUGCUCGCGCAUUGUGCGUGUCGAGUACAGGUGUCCCGAGUGCGACAAGGCGUUCAGCUGCCCCGCCAAUCUAGCCUCGCACCGGCGCUGGCACAAACCCAAACAGCUGAACGUGACGGGAAACGAUGGCACUGACAAGAAACCUCGUACGCCGGACGACACGAAUAAGGAUGUGCAAGGUGAACUCGAGCGAGAUCGCGACACGCCCAGUCCUGGAGCCUCCGAGUCGGGUUCAGGCUCCGACUCAGACGGCAUGUAUGAGUGCCAGCGCUGUGCGAGGAAGUUCAAACGCCAGGCUUAUCUGAAGAAACACGUCCUUACACAUCACGGUCCGCUGAGCGCAAGUCGAGAGAGUCACGCGCCGUUACAAGAAAACGAGGCGAAACGGCUGGAGCAUGCGCAGGUGCCGGUGCAGGCGCCGCUGGACUUGAGCGCAUGUCCUGUGUGCGGGGAGACUUUCCCAAGUCGCGUGGCGCAGGAGAGGCACGUCCGUGUGCAGCACGCGUCUCACGUGUAUCCGUGCAAGCAUUGUCCGGCCGCUUUCUACAGCUCCCCAGCGCUCACGCGCCACAUCAACAAGUGCCACCCUUCAGAAAACCGGCAGGUGAUUCUGCUGCAGGUGCCCGUGCGGCCCGCCUGCUGAAGAACCCGCGUGCCUUUAAACAUUAAACUCGGCGGCGCGUACAGGGGAACCGACACAGCUAUAGAGCCUCGCUCUUGACAUAUACAAUAUCGUAGUUUAUCAGAAUGAAGUGCACAGCGAAAAUAUUAGGUGUUCAGUUAACACAGACUGAGGUGCAGUGCGGAAUUAACACAUAGGCAGUGAAGACUUUAUUUAACACUUCUGUCACUCAAUCAUUGUGGUCAUUGCGCAUGCGUAUUCUUAAGAGAGUAAGUUUACUUAGAAUUCGUAUUAAGUUCUACAAUUUCUAAUUCACUGUGAGUAAGAACAGGUUUGGGUUAAUACAGUAGUGUUGGUUAAUACAACACUGUUUCAGUUCACUUAUUGUUAAUGAAACACAGUAGGUGGUCGAGAGCUGGGAGAAGGUCGAGACCCUAAACAAUCUUUAAGCAUAAUUGAACUCAGCUGAACUUAUUUAUUUACUUAUUUAUUAAUUUAUUUAUUUUUCUUUAUUUAUAUAUUCCAUUCAUUUUGUACUUUUAAAACUAUCAGAAGGGACUCGUUUAUGAUACUAAACAGUAAAUCAACAAGCAAAUACAUAGUAAAAUGUAAGUGCAAUAAAAGAAGUAUAUGAAAUUAUAUGAAAAUUCACAAUAAUACAGAGAUAAUAAUAAUAAUAAUAAUAAUAAUAAUAAUAAUAAUAAUAAUAAUAAUAAAUAAAACAAUUAAGAAAUAGCUAAAAUGCUCUAGUUUCUAAAUGAAGUGAUGACUAGAUUAGUAUUUUCUGCAGUCUUAUCUCUGGUUGUGGAUUUUUUUUUUUACUCUUAGGAUCACUACUCAUUACUCACAUCCAAAGCCCUUAAUAAACUAUAUAGGUUAUGUUAUGUAAUCUUUGAGCUUGCUUUAUAGUAAACACAAAGGAUCGCACCUUGCAAUUAGGUUGUUGUGCAGGCGCAAAAAAAAAGUGAUUACAGCUUCGUCAUUUCAGAUUCCUUAGCAGCGAUGGGUCAGGUUUGGUUAUAAACCUGGUCCCUGAAACAACUCCUGAAACCCCGCCUCCUUCUCCUCAGAACCCUCACUGGUCAGUGUUGAUUCAACGCAUUGGUUUUCGCUGUGCGCUCUUAGACUGUUAUCUUAUUUUUGUAGAAUUUCUGCACACAUUCUUUACUGUGUUAGCUCAUCUAGACCUAAGAAACUGAUAAUCCUGGCUGUGCCGUUACUGAAAAUGCCUUCUGAAUCACAGGAAUGGAAAUCUACCUAUAUGACUUUAGCUUUAAUCUAGCUUGUGGAUCUGUGGACUUUGGACUUUAGCUUUUGUUCUAAGACCUUAAUAAUGAUAUUAAUAAUAAUGAUGAUAAAAGGGGUUUAGCCUUCUAGUGUAGCCAGAAAUGCCUUGAAAUAGUUCACACACAUUCUGCUGUAAAACUGCCUUAAUCGUGUAAAUGUGGGGUGACUGAAAUGUCUUAUUUAUCCUUUAAAUGGUAUGCUUCUUAUUUUUAUAUCAUUCCAAUGUGUGUAUAUGUUCACACUGACUUUAUUUAUCUAUGUAUUUAUUUAUUGCAAAUGUUUUAUUUAAAUUAUUUCAAUGUCUGAAUUAGUCUAAACACUUUGAAACGGCCAAAUGUUUAAUUUAAUUGAUUUAAUCUCAAUCAAUGCAACAGUAAGAAGGCAAAAAAAAAAGAAAAGAAAAAAAAGUAGCCUAUAGGGGUCGCAAGACUGUUUUUCCCACCAUUGUUAGGUAGCCUUACAAUAAUUAGCCUAUUCCCUAUAGGCCGAUUAGUUUGGGGAAUCAUUCCGUCAGUGCUUGUGUGUUUCUGCAGUAUUGCUAUGUGUCCAAAUAACGUUAAUGACAAUAAAACAAUCAAAAAAAUUAAAACAAAAUCCACUCGAGUUGUAUUAUGGAUCCCGUGUCUGUGUGGGAAAUUAUGUCAGAAGUAUAAAAUUUAGGCUGCAGAAGAACCUUUCAAAGGCUUUUUAUUCUUAAAGAAUUAGAUAACCAUCCACUUGAUAAAAAAGGGUCAUAAAAAUGAUACGUGAUAGAAAAUGUUCAUCUUAAAUUGCACUAGUGCUGAAUUCUGAAGGCACUGAUUCAGACUUCGAUCAUUCAUUUUCCUUUUCAUGUGAUAAUUUCACUGUCAACAGUUCUAUAGCAACGUAACUUACACUUCUAUUUAAAAAAGUCUACAAUCAUUGAUAUGGUGAAGUGCUCUGGAAGGUGAAGUUUAUUUAAGGGUCUCCUGUUUUACACCGGCUGUAUAUUUUCCACUAUAGGAGAGUCAGGCUGAUUAGAUGUGUAACUAUAAAUGUAGUGUUCAUGCGAUAGUGAGAAAGUGUAAUUGAUGGAAAGAGGAAAAACAUGCACUGGAACUUGCUGUUAUUGGAAAAUGCUCAGCAUGAGACUGAGUGAAAUCUAGCAUCGCUAUAGCUGCUUUGGAUGCGUUGACCUAAAAGAAAUGAGAGAGAUCCAACAUUCAUGUUAGCUUAUUUAGCACUCUCAGCUGAUCAUAAACAUGAUCAUGACAUGAUCAUAAACGACUCAUAAAUGAAAGAAGGUAAAGCAGAGUGGAUUUAAAACUAUUCAGAUGCUGUAACUACUAAAUAUUUCACUUUUCUCUCUUUCAUUGUAUUUUAAUGUAUAUUGUUUGCAAACAGCCAAACUACUAAGAAGAAAAGAAAAUAAGCUCACAACCAUUCCAUCCUAACAACCCCAUGUUUCUCCUGCAAAUGUGUAGAAAUAGUGAUGAAAAUACACUUCUUUGUAUUGUGAUGUCAUGACUAAAAUCCUAAUUCAAUGCUGAAUUCUGAAUCUUCCAGUCUGACUUUAGUCACAAGGACAUGUCACACUUCUGUUAUUUGUAUAAACUAUAAUUGGUUUCAAUUCUAAAAAAAAUGAAAGCAUCUGGUGAGUGAAUGAAGGUAAAUACAAAGACCUAUCACUGAAAAAAAAAAGAUAUUUACAAGUAAAAAAUGUCUUAAUUUUAGUCAAAUGUAUGAAGCAUCCUUUUAUAGUAGCAUAUCAGUAGCCUAUUCUAAGUACACAGUAAACCUAAUGUGAGAUUAUUUAACAUAUUUUUUUUCUAUUUGCAUAUUAGAUUUCUAGAAAGAAACAAAAUGGGAAGGAAAACGUAUCUGCAAACAGGCUUGUUUACUUUAUGCUUGAUUUAUUCAUACAUUUGCCCUUAAUCCACAUACAUUCACAUGUGAAGUUUUGUUUUUUGUUUUUUGUUUUAGUUCAUUUUUACGGGUUUUUUUCUGGAGAUUUUCUUCUUCUACUUACUUGAAAGCGUAUUAAACAAACAUAUGCUACGUUCAACUGACUCGUCUAGAAAGUGAUCUUGAGAGCAUGCAUGCAAUGUGCACAGGGUUAUAAGGUGCUUUCUGUAAGUCACACACCUGGGUAGCACCUGCUUCACCCUGGCAACCAAGUCCCAUGAUAGAGGAGCAACAGGAGCUGUACAACAAGACAGCAACACUACAGUGUGCAUGCAGAACCGAAGCCUCCACCAGAACCACCAUGAAAAAAAAAACAAGACAAGAGACAAGAGAGUGAGAUAAUGUUGUAAAUGUUACCGCACCCGACAUCAGAAUAACCAAAUCUUACAUUAAUUAAGUUACUUGGGUAGGGUUAGAGGCAGGGUUUACAGUCGAAUAAUUUUUUACGACUUUACUUCAACAAAAUUCACCUCACCUACAUUUUUUAUGAGAUCAGAGUCCCAGACAC